GGAAGCUUUGAGAAGUGGCCCAAGCAAUUGUUGUAAUCACAACAAUUAAGUCUCAUUUUUGCACAAGACAGAUUUAAGGUUCCGUUGUGUGAUUUACCAUGGAAAAAUUGUUCUGUAGCAUCCUGGUGUUUGGAGUGGCUGUUGUGGUCAACGCUUGUCCAAAAUACUGUGUCUGUCAAAACCUUUCUGAGUCACUGGGAACUCUUUGCCCAUCCAAGGGACUCCUUUUUGUACCACCAGACAUUGACAGAAGGACUGUUGAACUUCGGCUUGGAGGAAACUUCAUUAUUAACAUCAGUAGGCAAGACUUUGCAAACAUGACUGGACUUGUUGACCUCACAUUGUCUAGGAAUACUAUCAGCUACAUACAGCCCUAUUCUUUUGCUGACUUGGAAAGCCUACGCUCUUUGCACUUGGAUAGUAACAGACUGCCUGAUAUUGGGGAGGACAUUUUGAGGGGUCUAAUUAAUCUUCAGCAUUUGAUUCUAAACAACAACCAGUUGGAAUAUAUUUCAGAUGAAGCCUUUGAAGACUUCUUGCUCACCUUAGAAGAUCUGGAUCUUUCUUACAAUAACCUCAGAAGUAUUCCUUGGGAAUCUAUAAGAAAGAUGGUAAACUUGCACCAGAUCAGUUUGGAUCAUAAUUUGAUAGAUUAUAUUACAGAGGGGACCUUUGCAGAUCUUCAGAAAUUGGCCAGGUUGGAUCUAACAUCCAACAGACUUCAGAAGCUUCCUCCUGAUCCCAUAUUUGCCAGGUCCCAAAUAUCUCCAUUAACCUCAACUCCAUUUUCUUCACCUUUAUCUCUGAGCUUUGGAGGAAACCCUUUACACUGUAACUGUGAGCUGCUUUGGCUUCGGCGUCUUGACAGAGAUGAUGAUAUGGAAACAUGUGCUUCUCCUCCAGGUCUAAAAGGGAGGUACUUUUGGUAUGUCCGGGAAGAGGAGUUUAUUUGUGAGCCCCCUCUAAUUACUCAGCAUACACAUAAGCUGUUGGUUUUAGAAGGACAAACAGCCACUUUAAAGUGCAAAGCCAUUGGAGAUCCAUCUCCUGUUAUUCACUGGGUGGCACCAGAUGACCGACUGAUUGGGAAUUCCUCACGGACAGCUGUUUAUGACAAUGGCACCUUAGAAAUCCUGAUUACAACUUCCAAGGAUUAUGGGAAAUUCACAUGUAUAGCAGCUAACGCUGCAGGAGAGUCCACUGCAACAAUUGAGUUGUCCAUUGUCCAGCUUCCACAUCUCAGCAACGGUACAGGCCGAGCUGCUCCACCUAAAUCAAGACUGUCUGACAUCACCAGCUCCAGCAAAACAAAUAGAGGAGAAACCAAGGGGCCACCAGAAAGGGCAGUUUUGGUCUCUGAGGUGACAACUACCUCAGCAUUGGUCAAAUGGACGGUGAGCAAAUCGGCACCAAGAGUUAAAAUGUACCAGUUACAGUAUAACUGCUCGGAUGAUGAAGUUCUAAUUUAUAGGAUGAUUCCUGCGACGAAUAAGGCUUUUGUGGUGAACAACCUGGUUUCUGGAACAGGCUACGACCUUUGCGUUCUGGCCAUGUGGGAUGACACUGCCACAACACUCACUGCUACCAACAUUGUGGGCUGUGCCCAGUUCUACACCAAAGAGGACUAUCCCCAGUGUCACUCCAUGCACAGCCAGUUCCUGGGGGGGACGAUGAUUCUGAUCAUUGGAGGCAUCAUCGUGGCAACUCUGUUGGUAUUCAUUGUCAUACUUAUGGUCCGGUACAAGGUUUGCAACAAUGCCCCAGGGAAGAUGGCCAACGUUAGCAAUGUCUAUUCACAAACCAAUGGUUCCCAGCCUGUCCAGAAUGGAGUCCUUCCACAAGUCAACCCCAAAGUGGUUGUAAGGAAUGAGCUCAUGGAGUUUAACUGUGAGUCAGCACACAGCAGCAUUUCCUCUUCCUCAAGCUCUGUGAAUAGUCGUGACUGUGAUGGCUACAGCCUCCAAAGCGAGCAGGGCACAUUGUCCAGUAAGUGGAGGCCUCCAUCAAGGUCAAAGCAUAACAACAUUGACCGGCUCAUGGGAGCUUUUGCUUCACUGGAACUGAAAUGUCAGAAAAAAGAGGAAGCAAUAGACUCCAGAACUUCAACAGUGGCCCGUCACUCAGAUAAGGAGCCACUCCUGGGCCAGCAGGAAUCCAAAUUCCGUAGCCUCCUUAUGUUACCUUUGGAGGGUAAAACUAAACGUAGCCAUUCUUUUGACAUGGGAGACUUUUCCACCUCACAAUGUUGCAACUACCCAAAAAAGAUCACAAACAUUUGGACAAAACGUAGUCUGUCAGUGAAUGGCAUGCUUUUGCAAUAUGAUGACAGUGACCUAACAGGAGCAAAGGGGACUUAUGGGAGCUCAGAGUGGGUCAUGGAAAGUACAGUGUAAAUAAGAGUUCCCUCCAUUCCAUUCUUAGUUCCUCCAAGCAUAACAAGGUCCAUGAUUGUUAAAAUAAAAUAAAAAGGCCAUAAAUAUAAUGAAAGAACAAAAACACAGAGAGAGUGACACACAUACAUGGAGCUGUACAUUGGUCAGUAAAUAUAAAAAAAAGGAAAAAAAAACAAGUUGGAGUGAGAGAUAUUAUGAAAUGUUGAAAGAGGAGUGUGUUUGUGUGCAGAGAGAGAGAGAGAAUGGAGCUGAUGUGAUAUCUCUAAAAUAUUUGUUCUGUGUGGGUAAAUGUCUCAAGGAGGUCACUGGCAGUAUUCAGUGCUUUCCUGGUUUCCUGGUGAACUAUUGAACAAGAGUAAAUGAUGAUUAAUACAGGUGAAGCAACACAUAUGAAAUCAAAGGGGCAUUCCCUCCUUCAUUUUUCUCAUUGUCUAAGAAGAACAUGCCCGUGAAUAUAAGGCUGAAAGGAAAAUAGCCACAGCUGCCACUGAUUAAAGAGAACAUCUGGAGAAAUAGAACAUGUGUACACAAAACCAACUUUGCAGUAUAAUCUCCGAAUGGUGACAGGAACAUGUGGAGAUUUAUUUGCCAUUCUUUGGUUAAGGCUUUUUAUCCCCUCUCUUGCUUGAGAAUUAAAAAAAAAGGAAUUUGAUGUUUAUUUUGACUCUAAGUUUGUCCUUCCUUAACAUAUCUCCCCACAUUUAAAAAAAAUUUUUUUUGGCAGUACUGGGAUUCUUUAAAAAUUCUAGAGACCUGAUGGACUACACUUUUCUUUCUCCCCCCGUCUCUUCCACCUCCUCUUUUUUAUGCUAUAAAGAGGAAUAUGUGAAAAAAAUACUGUUCACUUUUUCCUUCUCCACACUCAACCCAUUUCAUGCAUGGCCCCUUGUUUGCCAGUGUACAAACAAGAUUGUUAGAGGUUAAGGCUAAACAGUUUACCCUUAAAAGAGUUUGGUCUCAGAGAUGUGAAUGGCUGAGAGUAACUGAGUUUACAUCUUCUAAAGGA